GGCGCCACUUCCGGCUUCUUCUCUGACGUCGGCGGCUGCUGGUCGCGAGUGGCGAGCCCGCGGAGCCGCAGCCAUGACUGAAGCUGAUGUGAAUCCAAAAGCCUACCCCCUUGCAGAUGCCCACCUCACCAAGAAGCUCCUGGACCUGGUUCAGCAGUCGUGUAACUACAAGCAGCUUCGGAAAGGGGCCAACGAGGCCACCAAGACCCUCAACAGGGGCAUCUCGGAGUUCAUCGUGAUGGCCGCAGACGCCGAGCCUCUGGAGAUCAUCUUGCAUCUCCCGCUGCUGUGUGAGGACAAGAACGUGCCCUACGUGUUUGUGCGCUCCAAGCAGGCCCUGGGCCGGGCCUGUGGCGUCUCGAGGCCUGUCAUCGCCUGUUCCGUCACCAUCAAAGAGGGGUCACAACUGAAGCAGCAGAUCCAGUCCAUUCAGCAGUCCAUCGAGAGGCUCUUGGUGUAACCGCGCCCUCCGGCUGACCCCCCCGCCCCGAGCCUGAGGCCCUGUAUCAUAGUGUCUGUCAGUGUAGCAUUUUCAGCUGCUUUCUAUUAUAAAAUACCGUAGUAUGAA